AUGACCUGGGACCAUCCACACGAUGCGCGCAAUCUCGCCGCCCACUGUUCCAGAUACGCCCUCCCAGAGGACGCUUUCUCGGAGGUUGAACCUUUAACAUCGGGAAAUGCACACGUUGUCUCGACUGCCUCUCUGCGUGGUCACAAAGGGAAAAUUAUACUCAAGCGUUGGCAUGGCUCUUCUGUCUCUGACAGUGAGCGCCGACUAUUUACGGAGCGCCUCAUCAACGACCUCGACCGUUGGAGAGCUCUAGAGCGGCACCCGAAUAUCCUACCAGUUCUUGGUGUUGCCCUCCACAUAUCCAACUUGCCCGCUCUCGUGGUUCCGUGUUAUCCCACAGCAAAAGAAGUGCUUAAGAAGGAUGUAGACCGCCUGGUUGAUGUACUGCCACUUCUUCAAGAUGUCGCUUCAGGACUUAGUUUUCUACAUUCUAGCUCUCCGACGAUAGCACAUGGUGAUAUCAAAGCGUCUACCAUCUUGCUCCGACCUCGCACAAAUGUUAAGAGCCAUAAACCUCAAUAUUCCGCCCUUCUUUCUGACAUCGGAAUCGCCUCCAUUCCACAACCACCUGAUUGGACAUUCCACGGAGUAGAUGAUGCGCGAUGGCUGGCGCCAGAAAUUAUGGAUCCCUCCUUGCGACCGAGAUCGCAAUCAGACGUAAAAUACCGCUGCAACGAUUCCGAUCCCAUAGGUACCCUCUCGGUAACACCCGAAAGUGAUGUGUACUCGCUAGGCAUGCUCUCAUACGAGAUGUAUUCCCGCUCUCCACCCUUUUCGUCAACUGUCUGGUCUGCAGCCGUUGUGAUGAGCGUUGUCGGUGGCAAGCGACCUUCGAGGCCAGAAGCGUUGACCUCGGACGCAAUCUGGAUGCUCAUUGAGUGUUGUUGGAAACAAACCUGGUGGGAGAGGCCAGACAUCAAGACCGUUUCUGCUUGGCUAGAUAUUCUAGGAGUUGCUUGA